AUGGAAAUUCCUCUCUGUUACUGUUUUUCAUUGAAAUUAAUAAUUUUUAGAGAUAAUUCACAUUUUUCUCAUCGACUUUUUUCUUUUUUCAUUCUCUCUCUCUCUCUCUCUCUCUCUCUCUCUCUCUCUCUCUCUCUCUCUCUCUCUCUCUCGCACACACACACAAACUUAGGGUCUCUGACACCUUGUUUUUUUUCCUGUCUGCAUAUUUUUCUUUAUUUCUUUCUUUCGUUCUUUCUUUAUUUCUUUCUUGAUACCUUGUCUUUUCUCUUUUUUCUCAUUCUUGUUGUCUUACCUUUUCUCUUCUUGCUGUCUGAUCUGUUUGUACUUUUCUUUCUCUUUCUACCUCUUUCUUUUCUCUGUUUUCUCCUUUUAUAUGAUCGUCUUUCUUUGUCGUUUUUCUUCUUUCUUUUCUAUUGUGUUCUUUCUUUUCUCUUUCGUGUUCAUUUGUCAUUUUCUCGUCAUAUUCUCUUCGCUUUUCUUUCAUGCUUUUCCCUUUCUUUUUUCUUCCUUUGUCUUUGUCUCUCUUUUCCUUUGAUUUCUUUGCUCUUUCCUUCUUCUUUUUUCAUUGUCUCUUCUUUUUAUCUCUUUCUCUCUCUUUUAUUUUUUCUCUUUUUUUUUCUCCUUUUCUCUCUUUCCCGCUGUUUUCUUUUCAUUGCUUCAUAA